CCCCUCCAGGUACUGGAAAGUCACUAUAAGGUCUCCUCGGAGCCUUCUCUUCUCCAGGCUGAACAAGCCCAACUCUCUCAGCCUGUCCUCGUACAGCCUUCGGAUCAUCCUUGUAGCCUCCUCUGGACACAUUCCAACAGCUCCAUCUCUUUCUUAUGUUGAGGAUUCCAGAACUGGACACCAUCCUCCAGAUGAGGUCUCAUAAGAGAGGAAUAGAGGGGCAGAAUCCCUGCUGGCCACGCUGCUUUUGAACGCAGCCCAGGACAUGGUUGGUUUCUGAAGUUAUUAUGAACUUCACAACAGUCAAAACUCUUGGUGAUUUGGAGCUGGCUCCAGCCCUGCUGGACCUCGGAUUUGAGAUGGGGAAAGGUUGCAAUGAGAGGGGAUUCCAGAAGAGACAUCUGUUCAGCACGGAUGAACACAGGAUGUUUUCAUCUCCGAAGAAUGAGCAGCGCCUGUUAAAAAAAACCGUUUGGGAGAAAACUUUCAAAAAAAUUUCUGGGAUGAGCUUUGAUUUGUCUUCCAUGGGAGCUAUUGGGCUUUGCCUGGUCCCGCCCGGCUGCCCGGUCCUUUCCCUUUAUAGGCAAAGCUCGCGGGGCUCGGGCUCUGCGGGGCGGGGUUUGCCCGGCGGGGCCGCCGCUCGCCCGCAGCGCAGGCAUGACGGGCAGUAAUAUGUCUGAUGCUCUUGCGAAUGCAGUAUGUGAACGCUGCCAGACUCGAUUCGAUCCUGCGGAGAGGAUUGUGAACAGCAACGGGGAACUAUAUCAUGAAAACUGCUUUGUCUGUGCUCAGUGUUUUCGUCAGUUCCCAGAUGGGCUUUUUUAUGAGUUCGAAGGUCGGAAGUACUGUGAGCAUGACUUUCAGAUGCUGUUUGCUCCAUGCUGCGGGGAAUGUGGCGAGUUCAUUAUUGGGCGCGUUAUCAAGGCAAUGAACAAUAACUGGCAUCCUGAAUGUUUCCGCUGUGAGCUCUGUGAUGUGGCACUUGCUGACCUGGGUUUUGUGAAGAAUGCUGGCAGGCAUCUGUGCAGGCCAUGCCAUAACCGUGAAAAAGCUAAGGGACUGGGCAAGUACAUCUGUCAGAAGUGCCACCUGAUAAUUGAUGAGCAGCCUCUGAUGUUUAGGAAUGAUUCCUACCACCCAGAUCACUUCAAUUGCACGCACUGUGGGAAGGAGCUGACUGCUGAGGCCCGGGAACUGAAGGGGGAACUGUAUUGCCUGCCCUGCCAUGACAAGAUGGGAAUCCCUAUCUGCGGAGCCUGCCGCAGGCCCAUCGAGGGACGAGUGGUCAAUGCUCUGGGAAAGCAAUGGCACGUUGAGCAUUUUGUUUGUGCCAAAUGUGAGAAGCCGUUUUUGGGGCAUCGACACUAUGAGAAAAAAGGACUAGCUUAUUGUGAAACUCACUAUAACCAGCUUUUUGGAGAUGUCUGCUACAACUGCAGCCACGUGAUAGAGGGAGACGUGGUAUCGGCUCUUAACAAAGCCUGGUGUGUGAAUUGCUUCUCCUGCUCCACCUGCAACAUCAAGCUUACGCUGAAGAAUAAAUUUGUGGAGUUUGAUAUGAAGCCUGUAUGCAAGAAGUGCUAUGAGAAAUUCCCCUUGGAGCUGAAGAAACGCCUGAAGAAGUUGUCAGAGCUGGCAUCCAAGAAGGCACAUCCCAAAGCUCUGGAUUUAAACUCUGCUUAAACAGAUCUGUCAGUCUACUGACCUCACUCUUACAGUCAUAAACUGCUGCUCACAGCAGCUGCUGAUUACAGCGGCAAUUAAUAAGAACAAAUGAAAUGAAAGAUGAGUAGUACCUUCCCCUGCUUCUGGUAACGUAGCUUGCAUCUUGCCUAUGCCUUUUCUCAACCAAUUGCCUAUUAACACUGGCAGAAAAAGUAAUAUGAUUUCUGCUUGAGCAGUUUACAGGCUGGUUAUUAAUUUGCUAAUAACAACUUGUUCUGCUUUUGUUGUAUUGUGCACAUUCUUUCCUUCCUCAGUUGAACUGUAGUUCUAUCUCCAUUCCUAUAUAGUCUGAGUUGGUUGGAAACAGUGGUUGAGUAUGGGGUGGAAGAAAUGUGGGAUUUGCUCUUUUUCAGUUGAAUUACCUCCAGUACCUGAAGCGGCUACAAGAAAGCUGAGGAGGCACUUUUACGAAGGCUUGUAGUGACAGGACAAGGGGCAAUGGGUAUAAACUGGAGAGGGGCAGAUUUAGACUGGACAUAAGGAGGAAUUUCUUCACCAUGAGGGUGGUGAGGCCCUGGCCCAGGUUGCCCAGGGAAGCUGUGGCUGCCCCAUCCCUGGAGGUGUUCAAGGCCAGGUUGGAUGGGCCUUGGGCAGCCUGAGCCAGUGGGAGGUGUCCCUGCCCAUGGCAGGGGGGUGGAACUGGAUAGGCUUUAUGGUCCCUUCCAACCCAAACUAUUCUGUGAUCUCAAGUGCAAAAAUUUCUCUGCUUACCCUGGGAGAAGAUUUUUUUUUUUUUUUCAUGUAGGCAAAUAUUCUGAAAGCUGUCACUCCUUGCUACACACCAGACGUUCUGGUCGGAUCCUAGUGAGCAUGUAUGGAUGCUGUGCAAUCCUGGUUUGCAGAUUUUCUGGGAAAGCGCAGGAACCAAUCGUCGUGGCAUCUGCACUGCCACGUGUUUUGCUCAGGGCUAGAUAAGACAGCUAGUCGUAUGGUACCAAAUCAAAUGCUUCAGUUUCAAAUCCAGUCCUUCUCACUUUAUUUGAAAGAUGAGAAUUCACAGGCUGUACUUCAGAAAGCCCAGUGACAUGAAGGGAUUUGUAGCAAAUGUGGUUUUAUGCAGAAAAAAACCAAGAAGUAAGAUUUAUUUUUUUUUUUAAAUUUCACCCAAAUAAGAGUUUCCCCUCACCUUUCUUCUUAAGACCUGAGAGUACUUAGAGAGGACCUCAGAUGUGAAUCUCUAAGUCUUAAGCAUGUAGUUCUGCUCUCUAGUUUUGCCUGUCACCGGUGAGGCUUCACUGGUCCUGCUGCCUCUGCUAGUACAACCCAAGGUGCUGAGAAACAUACUGACUUUCAACAUUCCUGAUACUUGUUUAGGGGUGAGCCGUCAGAAUGCUGUUUUGAAGUCCACUUGUGUGCUGUAUGAUCAUGGUGAGCUUCUGAAACCUCUGGAGGUGUUCCCUGUAGUUUCUUUUGCUGAACUGAGCUGAGCAGCAUGAAAAUCCUUUUCCAUGAACAGCUGGAGACUGUCUGCCCUUUUUGCAAGGUGGACAGGAGGAAAGGCACUGGAAGACUGCUGUCCCUUGCGUGAUUUAAAUCUUCCAUAAAUUGGGUGGUUUAGUAGGUCAGAGGAGUACAACAGCUGGGCCUGGGCACCACCAUGCAGCCACAGGUGAAUUAGCGAGCAAGAAGGUAAAGCUUCCUCACCUCUUGUAUGUUUGAGCAGCAACUGGAUCGGGGCAACGGUCUACCUAAUCAUCACGCUGCUCAGAGCAGAUCUAAACAAGAUAAUAGCUGAAGCACUGGUAGCUGCAACCAGCGUGUUAGCGGCUACUCUCCAUGAAACAGCAGUGGUGGGAGAGAAGAAUUCCAUAUGUGCAACCAUCUCUUAGAAACUCACUGGCUUUGCUAAUUCACCUUCCUUCAACUGCUUUGCUUUUUGUUACCAUAAGCUUUUAGACGCAUCCACGCGAAUGCCAAUAAGGGGAUAGGCCUUAAUUUUAACAGUAGAACUCUUCCGUCCUCUUCUGACCCA